AUGGGCAAGACUUCACUGCAAAAGCUAAUGCCACAUACCAAGAAAUACUUCUUGGGGGAAAGGAUUGAAAGUUUAACAUUCCCUGCCAUUACAUUGACACAUCUCUUCACCUAUAUCAUAUGUUCGAACCUUUGGGUGUGGAGCACUUGUACUGCACCAACUGGACAAUUGUCAGCAAAGUUCAGAAACUGUUUAGCGACAACUACGAGCAGUCACUACAAUAACUGCUCAUAG